UGGCCAUACCACAGUAAGCCUCCCAGGUUGAAAUCCCUUCCCCAGUCCUGUACCACGGAGGAAAGGACUGCCGCCCUAGAACAACACACAUUCUGAAAAUUUCCCUAUCUAAAAUACUUUCAGACCCAGGUUUUAUAUUCUGCAAGCAGAGGACAAGAUUUUGCCAAGGGGGGAAGAUUUUCCUGAUGCAGAAGGACUGAAGAGCGCUCCUGCUCACUGAGCAUGGCCAGGAAGGGAUGGAGCAGCAGGCAACCUCACCAAAGCCUUUGAGAGCUGUGCUCACAGGUGUGUAAGCUGCUUACAGAAGAAGGGACGACUAAACUCUUCAUCAGGAUGAACAAGUCCAGGGGAGCCUCUGAGAGCCCAGAGCUCUGGAGCCCAGGUUGCACACAGAGCACCUCCUUGACCAGUGCAGCACCUGUGUUUGCAUUUGGCCAGCAGGCCACAGACACAGCCCUAAAUGUGAUCCUUAUUGUGGUCCUGUUCAUCAUCAUGGUGUCUCUGGGGUGUACGAUGGAGAUAGCCAAGAUCACAACUCACCUCAGGAAUCCCAAAGGCGUAGCUAUUGCUGUAAUGGCUCAGUACGGCGUGAUGCCCCUGACAGCAUUUGUACUGGGCAAGCUCUUCCAGCUGGGCCCUACGGAAUCCCUGGCCAUCCUCAUCUGUGGCUGCUGCCCAGGUGGAAACCUCUCAAACGUCUUCAGUCUGGCACUGAAAGGUGACAUGAACCUCAGCAUUGUAAUGACCACAUGCUCAACGGUUCUGGCAAUUGGACUCAUGCCUCUGCUUCUGUAUCUUUACUCGGGAGGACUGUAUGAGGGUGAUUUGAAGGGCAGGGUACCUUACAAAGGAAUAAUCACCUCCCUGGCCCUGAUGCUAAUCCCUUGUGCCAUCGGCAUCAUCUUGAAUGAGAAGAAACCACAGUACACCGGAUUUGUCAUCAAGACGGGGAUGGUUGUGCUUCUGCUGUCAUCUGUUGCAAUAAUUGUUCUAUCUGUGGCCAACGUGGGAAGCAGUAUCACGGUCGUCUUCUCACCAUCCCUCCUCGGAUCUUCUGCCUUGAUGCCUUUUAUCGGAUUCCUUCUGGGCUACAUUCUCUCCGCAGUCUUCAAGCUUAAUGACCGCUGCAGGCGCACAGUGUGCAUGGAAACCGGCUGCCAGAACGUCCAGCUGUGCUCUACCAUCCUCAAGGUUGCCUUUGCCCCAGAAGUCAUCGGCCCCCUGUACUUCUUCCCACUGCUCUACUUGAUGUUCCAGCUUGGAGAGGGCCUUCUGCUCAUCCUGGCCUUCAGGAUUCAUGAUGGAAUAAAGAAACCAAGUGAUGCAACAGAAGCGAUCUGUGCAGCUGCGGACACAAAUACUGCUCAAGAAAUGAAACCAGUAUCGAGACUCUGCAGAAACAGCAGGAAACCAGGAAAAUGGUACAGAGAGAUUCUGCAACAGCCGCUAUCACAGCCCCGCAGAGCUCCGCCUUCUGCAGCUGGUUUACAGGUUUCCAGCAGUUCCAUGUAAAGCUUCGAUCUGCUCCUCUUACACCACAGGAUGUGCCACAGAGCUAUCUCCACCCUCUCUCGCUUUCCAAAGACCGUGCUCCUCAGACGGCUUCUCCCUGCCUGUCCAUGAAGGAGAAUUCCAGGCUCCCACAAAGAAACAAGUCAUUGCAGCAACCUACAGACACUGCUUUUCCUUUGGGACAAUUUAGGGCCAUGCUCCCAAGUGUCUGCCCCCAGUUUUGCCUAUGCAAAACCACCACUCACAUCAGUUUCCUUUCUGAAUUUCACUUACUUGUAACUGUCCUGCUGGCACCUUCCAAGCAGUUCUCGAAGAGAUCGCUGAAGAUUAGCGUAAUUUCUCUAAUAAAGACCCAAAACGGGGUGUGAGAGUUUCCCAGUGUAGAAGCCAAGACCCGGCACGCAGCUGAGUACCCCGUGGGCUGCUGCUCACUCCUUUUCCACGAACCCGAGCAGCGUGCGGUGUGCCGCUGCUCUUCACACAGUAGACAGCACAGAAAUCCUGAACGUGGCUAUGCCAACUGUCUCCGUGAGCGGAGCUCAGGUCCAGCAAGCUGUACCGCUGAAAAUAUGUGAGCCCUGAACACGCCUUGCUUUGCAGGAGUCACUCAACUAGGCAGAACAAACCUCCAGGACACUAUCUAGCUACCUUCGUACUUAAAAGUUUAGCACCACGGAUGACCGCCAUUAAAACCUGUAAUGUGCUAAAAAUACACUGUAACAUGAAAUAAAACAGCUGAACUAAGAAUAAACAGGAUCAAACCAGGAACCUACACUUAAUAAACACAAGGUCAUUUUUGACCAGAAGUCAGUAUAACCCUCUGUAAUGCAAAGCCUGAAACCUCCCACUCCCAAAAACUGUCCAGUAAUAAUCUCGUUACCUACGCUAUCAAUCUGAAUCUCUCACCGCUUGCUCACAAGGCACAAAAGCUCAUUCACGUAACCGUGUUCCAAGCUAACAAACAAGAAACCAGCAACAGAAAGGAGAAAAGGCAAAGUGUCCUGCACAGACACCAGAAAUCUACCCACAACCUGAGAGCCAGCUCUGCUCUGUGCAGACCCUCCUCGAGUUUCCUACGACCUGACCAUAGGUUCCAAGGAUUUUUUAAAAGGUUUCAGUGUGUUACUGGAUUAUCUUUGUACUUUGUAAAGCACCUCAAAAGAAAACAUUUGUAAAUGUUUAGAUUCAGUUCUAAAGCUCUCUUGUAACGCGCGUAAGGGUUUGAAAAACACAGGGAUUGCACGUUGCUGCCUCUGUAAUGGGUGGGUAAACAUACACAGUACCAGGAGGCAGAACUGCAGGGCACCACUGUUGCAGUACUCCCAGAUGCCAAUUUAAAAUUCCCUCUUCUUUCUCUAGAAUGAGGACUCAUUCCUAUAAAAAUAUUUUAUCCAUAUCUCAGUGUCCUCUCAUACACGCAUGCACACACACAGAUGAAGUUUAAUGACUGCAUCCAUCUUUUAACAUUCCACACUUACUCUCUGAAAAAUAAAUUAAAAUCUGAACGAUUCACCCAUUCCAAUUUUUGCUAUGAACUCACUCUCUCACAGCAGGCUUCUCCUUAUUAUCAAGGUUCUUAUCUCAGAACAUGAAGUCCCCAAAAAGACGCAGACACCUAACGGCGCAGUGUGACGUAUUUUGAAAGGAAGUUCUCCCCCACACCCAAAACGUUCAGUAACAGCUUUGCUGUAGUUGAACAGUUAAAAUAUUUCUAGAUGGGUCU